UGUUUGGGGGUAUAGCCAAAAUGGGUACUGCCUGCCGGUGGUGGUUCUUAAUCUCAUCGUCUUUUUGAUAUUCCCAAUUUCGCCCUUUUUCAUUCUUCUUCCCUUCCAUUUUCAUCUUCACAUUUCUACCAAUUCCAGACCGAAAUUCAAACGCCAAACGAGUGUGUAAGAAAGCAUCAAACCACAACCAUCAUAAUCCACAAACAGACAGAGAAAAACGAUCGAGAUGGGAUCAGACGCGAACAAGAUGAACGACGCCACAAGCUUUCAACCUUCCGAGCCUGCGCUCUGCGCCAACGGCUGCGGUUUCUUCGGCACGGCGGCGACGAUGAAUUUCUGCUCCAAGUGCUUCAACGACCUUCGGAUAAAAGACGAACAAGCGGCUUCAGCGAAGGCCGCCAUGGACAAGCUGGUAAACAAGGUCGUCAGUUUCCCUCCCCAAUCGGCAGUACCGUCGUCGUCUUCGUCUUCAUCUCCGAUGUCUGGAACUGAAACCGUCUCACAACCGGCGGUGGCGGAGGAGGCUAAGGCGAAGGUAAAGGUGUCGAAUCGGUGCUUGAGUUGUAAUAAAAAGGUUAGUGUGCUGGGAUUCAAGUGCAAGUGCGGUGAGACAUUCUGUGGAAGCCAUAGGUAUCCAGAGACGCAUAAUUGUGGAUUCGAUUUCAAGAUAACAGGAAGAGAAGCAUUAGCGAAGGCUAACCCGGUUAUCAAAGCUGAUAAGGUAAACCGGAUCUGAUAUGGUCCGGGUCGGGUUGAGUUGGGUAGUUGAAUUAGGAAGUAGAGGGCCUGCUUUUAGAACUUGAUUGGGUUUGUUGGCAUGGUGAUGGACCAAAGCAUCAUAAAGAAGAUGGUGAUGGUGAUGGUGAUGGUGAUCGUGAUGGAUUCCAUAAUAAAAGUGGGAAGGUAUUAUUGGAUUGGUUUUAGAUACUUUUUUGUUUUUCUUCUUUAUGGUAGCAUCUCUUUUAGCGUUAGGGUUUUUUUUUUUUUUUUUUUUUUUUUUUUUGUGUUUUGUGUUUUGUGUUUGCUUUGCUAAUCAUUAUCUGCCAUUUUCUAUUUCCGUGCGAUGGUCUGGGUGCCAUUUUCUUC